CUAGAGAUAUACUUAAAAAAAACUAAUAUACCUACAUUACCUCUUAUAAUAGAUAUGCAUUCUAUACUGCAAUAAUAAUUGGAAGCGGCAGAAACCCUAAUGCAAUUUUAAUACGCAAGUAUCAUAUUACCAAUCGCGAACAAAAUUUAAAUUACAAUUAAUUCCCACAUGCUAGUAAAGUAAUAACAUUCUUUUGUGUGCAAACAGUAUCGUUUACCAUUCAAUUUAUUGUAUGAAUGAGUUUACGUCACAACACUCCUGGAAUCAGCGAGGCGUGAUCCCUUUUCUGCGGUCACUGAUAACAUCUAUAUAGGGUAUCAAAUCAUACCCUAAAAGGCGGAGCAUGGGUGAGACCUCCCUUAUCCACAGUAUAUAUUUGAAGGGUCGAAAAGCCGGCCCAUUUAGUCAGUGAAAAGAUGGACGUGUCUCCUGUGCGAAGUUCUAGAGGAACGGAUUUCAGUAUCGAGCGGAUUUUGAGUGCUGAUUCGAGUCGCGAGACGCCGGAGACUCCGAGUUGGCUGUGCUGCACGCGGUACCGUCCCCCGCGACUUCCACGAGCAGUCAACAACGUGUGUCGGCAGCGGCGUUCAGGGAGGCACGCACGCGUCCCUUUUACUGCGGCCCAAGCGGCGGCGCUGGAAGCGGCCUACGCGCGUGCGCCGUACCUGGCCCCGCCGGCGCUGCGGGCCCUAGCUGCAGCUCUACAGCUGCGAGACGAUAGAAUAAAGAUCUGGUUCCAAAAUCGCCGAGCGCGAGAGCGCAGAGAGAAAUGCACAAAUAUCGCCCCUCCCCGCGCCGUGGCGCUACCACCUUCGAGGCUACCAGUGACCCACACAUGGACUAAUGAAAUGCGUCAUGUACCUACUCAGGAUUAUACAAAACAAAUUGGUUCUUUAGAUGUUGAAACUACGUUUGAACAAAGUGAGGAAAGUCGAGAUUCUGCGGACGAGGAUUCUCCUUUAGAUGUUGAGACGGUUGAUUAGUAUAGCGAGUGCGGAUGAUUAAAACAGGGACCUCAGUUUAUUAAUAGCGAUAGAUAGCACAUAACGAAAUUUCGAAUUUAGAUGUUCGCCGCAGGUCUUCGGAUUGAUUUAUAACGAAGGUAAUUCCAUUCAUGAUUAAUUAGGUAUUGAUGGGUGAUAAACGGGCCUUAUUGGGAUUAGUUGGCUUUCCUCGUGUUUCCUAAGCUAGUGUAAAAUAAAUAUCAUUAAUGAUAUUUCGAUCAUAAAUACUGUAAACAUUCUGACAAGCAGUGUUUGAAACUCCAUCUCAGAUUUAGAACAGCGCUCAAACCACAAAAUGCCUAAUCUAACUUCUCACAAUACCUAUAGGGAAAUUCAGGUUAUAGUCAAACUUAUACGUAGGUAAAUGUAUUAUUUUAUUUUUGCUUCAAAUGUCGAGAUAUUUGAAAUAAAUUAAAAACUAUUGCGUGUAGGUUUGUGUGCAUUACCUAUCGAAUAGCUAAUAAUAGAUUUAUAGAUCGUGUCAUUCACGGAGACGCGUGCCUUGGCUCGUAUUAUCAUGUUAUUAAAUGUUAGAUUUGACAAAUCUGCGCGUCAUCGUGGAUGACACGAACUAUACUCGUACAAUACGUUUAUUAAAAUAACGUAUUACCUUUAUAGUACAUAACAAUGUAUAAAUUUAAGGUUAUUAUAUUACAAAAAACUUUAUUAAGUAGGUAACUGUGAUACCAAUUGUGCGUAAAUUAUUAAAUAAAAUAUGAAUAAAUCUUAUGUAAUUCUUAACCAGUGUUUCCGUUUCUACAAUCACAUAUGCCUACUGUAAUCAUAUCAAAGAGAUUUUUAUGAGAAAAUGUCAAACGAAUACUCGCCAAUUAAGAAUGAAGUUAACGAUAAAACAAUAAGCUUAGACUAUUCACCAAAAACAAUCUCAAAUAUUGUAGUGAUAUCAGAUAGAACUCGCAUAUGAAUUAAACAUAACUAACAAAAUUCUAGUAGAAUAUGGAGAAGUUGAUCAAAGGUAUUUUAUUACGGUUUCAUAAACAGUUAGGUGCAAAACUGUCCCAAUAGUAACAUCUUAAUUGAAUUAUUAUAUCUGUAGGUAUAUGAAACUGUAAAAACCCGUGUUUAGUAAAAAUGCGGUUUCCUUAUUUAAAACUAGUUUUCUGUAAUGGCUAAAUGAGAAUUAGGUGUCACUGGCAUUUUUCAGUCAAUGCUAGUUUAGUCGAUGCAUAAUAUAAAACAAUUAACAUAAUAAAAUAUAUAAGGUCGGUUUUGGCGUUCGCCGGCCGUUGCCGAGGCACGCUCGCUUCGCUGGCUCGGCUUCACGCGCAAUAAUCAUUUGCGGCUCACGGUUAACCUAACAGGCACCUCCUCGCUUCGCUCGUCGUCGCACCUAUUCCUUUACUUUGGAAGAACACUUUCCUUCCUUCUUCCUCGGAUUGUUCCGGCAUAUUGGGAGCCUGGGGUCCGCUUGACAACGAAUCCCAAGGUAAACUAGGCCUUGUUGGGAUUAAUCUGGUUUCCUCACGAUGUUUUCAUUCACCGAAAAGCAACUGG